CACAUGCCACCGGCAUCCUUGGCUCUCCGCACGCCGGUGUGCGUCUUGCUGGGUAUGGGGGGCUCAGCGCAGCCGGCUUUGCCUGCAGACACCGCUCCCCUCUUCCUUAUAUAGGCGUCUUGCCUUACUGCGGCUGUCGGCGCUGGCAGAGAGAGAGACGGGAGCCAAGGGAGCCGCCCGGAGCCGCCGGUCCCCCUUUGUCGCCUGGCUUUAUUUGGAGGGUCCCGGAAGCGUCUCUUGUCCCCUUUGACUGACAGCCGCCCUGCGAGCAGAGACCGCUCCGUCUUCGGGCUGGAGACUUGGCGGAUAGAAAGCACUCAGUAAAAUAAGGAAAGGAGAAAUCACAGGUUGUCCACCGCGGCGUGGGGAAUGGAAGCGCUGGUGGAGCGUCUGGAACGAGCCGUGGUUCGUCUGGAGGCCGUGUCUGCCAGAGGCGUGGCGGACUGCGGCAUCAACGGCAUCAACGGAGGCCUGGCGCCGUGCGUGGACGCCUAUGACCUGCUGCUCUCCGGCCCCGUUUGUGAGUACCUGGAGAUCAGCCGAGCCAUCGGAGACGACGUCGCCCAGCAUGCGGAGAUGGUGAGCCGCGCUCUGCAGGUGCAGAGGAACUUCCUGAAGAUCAGCAGCACACAUCAGGAGCCUGCUCAGUCAGAGCUCAUGGACCUACUGAAGCCCAUAUCAGACAACAUCCAGGAGAUCCAGAACUUCCGUGAGAAGAACCGCGGCAGCAGCAUGUUCAACCACCUGUCGGCGGUCAGCGAGAGCAUCCCAGCCUUGGGCUGGGUGGCAGUGGGACAGAAGCCAGGACCCUAUGUGAAGGAGAUGACCGAUGCAGCCACUUUCUACACCAACAGGGUCCUCAAGAGCUAUAAGGAUUCGGACAAGCGGCACGUGGACUGGGUGCGGUCAUACCUGAGCAUCUGGACCGAGCUGCAGAGCUACAUUAAGCAGCACUACACCACGGGCCUGGUCUGGAGUAAGAACGAUCCGACUGCCCCCUCCUCUGUCCCGCCUGCCCCCCUUGAGGGUCCCUGUCCGCCUCCUCCUCCACCACCCCCCCCUCCUGGACCUCCCCCAGUCUUCACGGACGCGGGGCCCAAAGCGGAUGACCCGGCAGCCUUGCAUUCAGCCCUGUUUGCACAGCUCAACCAGGGGGAAGCCAUCACUAAAGGCUUAAAGCACAUCUCCGACAGCCAGAAGACCCACAAGAACCCAGGCCUGCGCUCCCAGGGCGCAGUUCCGGCCACCUCUCCAACCAAGACCCGGGUUCCUGGCUUGGCUGGCCCCCAGGUGGCCCCCCAGCAAACACACUGCCCAGUACUGGAGCUGGAGGGAAAGAAGUGGAGAGUGGAGCACCAGAACCAGGCCCACGACCUGGUGAUCUCAGACACCGAGCUCCGACAGGUGGUGUACAUCUUCAGCUGCAGCAACUCCACGCUGCAGGUCAAGGGGAAGGUCAACUCCAUCAUUGUGGAUAACUGCAGAAAGCUCGGCUUGGUGUUUGACAACGUGGUCGGCAUCGCUGAGGUCAUCAAUUCCAGAGACAUCCAGCUACAGGUGAUGGGCAAAGUACCCACCAUAUCCAUCAACAAGACAGAGGGCUGCCAGGUGUACCUGAGCACGGACGCGCUGGACUGCGAGAUCGUCAGUGCCAAAAGCUCCGAGAUGAACAUCCUGAUCCCACAGGGAGAGGACUAUAAAGAGUUUCCGGUUCCGGAGCAGUUCAAGACGAUCUGGAAUGGAUCCAAGCUGGUGACGGAGCCCACCGAGAUUGCCGGCUGAUCAGCGCUUCAUUGCUUCUCGCUCAUCCUCCUGUUCCUCACUGUCAGACGUGUCUCUUUUCUGUUAAAGAACUGUGAAAAAAAAAGAAAAAAAAAAACAACUAGCUGACUAGUUAGGCAGGCAUGAGACUAGUGACUCACACGACCCGGCGAUGCAGUAGCCGAACGCUCCAUCCGCGAGAUUCCAUACUACGUUAGUGCUUUGUGGCAUCUGUUGGCGAUGGAAUGACUUUAAUGUUAAAUUUAUGCCUCCUUCUGAAACCCCAAAGACCCUAUCACGUAUAUUUGAUACCAGUGAAACCAAACUUCUAGACACAAGCAGAAACAGCCAGUCGUUUCCCAACUUAAAAUGAAAAUAGGAACCCAUGAGAUUUUAAGGUGUGCUCUGUUGCAUUUAAUUAGCUCACUUGUAGCUCUCCCUCAAUGCUUGUUGAAGCCAGUUAUUGCUUUUGACAAGAGCUUUGAUACAUAUUGAUAUCAAGCUGCUGGACUUGCAUUAACCACCCCCCACCACCACUAUAUCCACUGAAUAUAUAUUGCAUCCUCGUGCCAUAGAUUUUUGCUUUGUGUAGUCCAUUGUGCAUUAUUAAAAUGCACAGAGGAAAAGGGAGGUUAGGUUACAGAAAAACAGAGGCAGCCUGUCAUUUUUGGUAAGGAGGGUGUUUUUUGACAGAUUCAGAUCGAUUUGUACUGAGAGUCACGUUGUGUGACACUUAAGAGAAGGGGAGAGUAAAACGUCAAACAGAUUUUGUCUGAGGGUUUUGACUGCAGGAAUUUGUACCUCAUUCAUUACAGCUAGAAGAAACACAAUGGAAAGAUUACUAAAAGAAGAGAUUUUAUCCAGCUGGAGCGACCAAAGUGUACGGAACUAAAACCUCAUUGCUGUCUUGCUUUAUUUAAAUUCAGGAGAAAGUUUAAGGUAAUUUCAUUGCUUUUGAGACAAGCUGAUCACUGAUCAGAAUAUUAUUAUUUACUUAAACAGGAAUUAUUAAUUCAGGUUUCCUGCAAUAACGUUUUGACAAUCACAGUUAGAUCUAGCAACAAGACACAGUUGCCAAGCUACUAUAUUAGUUCUAUUUCAGUUGUAAUUCAGCUAGCAUUUGUGUAUUAUAUCAGUAUGCUGAUGAGCUAAAACACUUCACUGAGCAGUUUCCUUCCAUUGCCUCAAACCUUCUGUAGUGUAAAGAAACAACAGACCAGUGACUGUAAGGCAGUUCAUAGUAGUUGUCAGAUCUGUCAUUCCCCACAAUUACCCAGUCCUUUGCUGUCCAUGUGACAGGUUUUUGAAAUAAAAACGUUUCAGUUCAAAUA